AGGCAUUUCGUUGUCAGAGCUGAGCUGAGGCGCGAAAUUGACCUGUUGAGAAACGUGAUACAAAUACUGGGAAAAACCUGCUCUUCUGUACUAAGGGUAGGACAAUGUCACACAUUAAAAACUCUUACUCCUUUGAUGCACCCUCGGACUUCAUUAAUUUUACAUCCUUGGAUUAUGAAGAAGAUAUAGAAAACAUAGAUUCAUGGUUUGAAGAGAAGGCCAAUUUGAAGAAUAAGUUUCCGGGGAAAAAUGGGACAGGAGAGCUUUUUCAGAGCAAAACUUCCCUGAGAAAAGCAAAUCUUCAGCAAGCUAGUCUCACACCUUUGCAACCAGUUGAGAACACUUACUACAAAGAGGCAGAAAACACAAAUCUUACAGAACAUUCGAAUUUGUUGAAUGCUGGUUGCACCCUGGAAGUUGAGGGCACCAAAUCAAGAAACACUCCAGCCCAGCCUCAGAGGCGAUCUCUUAGACUUUCUGCUCAGAAAGAUUUGAAGAAAGAAAAACAUGUUCCCAUGAAAGCAAAGAGAUGUACCACUUCUGUAAUCAGUGAAACUCCACCAUCCAAAAAAAUGAAAAUUUCUCAAAACAGCAAGAAACCAGGGGAAGAAGAGGGCACUACUCAAGGUACUUUGAAAAAGAGUACGUGUUCUCCAGAGAAAGCCAAGGGCAGACGUACUGUGCUUCAUGUACCAACUAUAAAGCAAAAGAUUCUUAAAAGUACUGAGGAGCAGGAGUUGGAGAAGAGCCUGAAAAUGCAGCAAGAAAUGAUAGAAAUGAGGAAAAAGAAUGAAGAGUUCAAGAAACUUGCUCUUGCAGGAGCAGGGCAACCAGUGAAGAAAUCAGUGAGCCAGGUAACCAAAGCAAUUGACUUUCACUUCUGCACAGAUGAGCGAAUCAAACAACAUCCUAAGAACCAGGAGGAGUAUAAGGAAGUGAACUUUACAGCUAAACUGCGAAAGCAUCCUCCAUCUCCCGCUCAAAAAGCCCAGCAGCUGGAGGAGGUCAGGCAGCAGGAAGAGGAACAGAAGAAGGAGGAGCUGGCCAGACUGCGGAAGGAGCUGGUGCACAAGGCAAAUCCAAUACGCAAAUACCAGUCUGUGGAGAUAAAGUCAAGUGACCAGCCUCUGACUGUGCCUGUCUCUCCCAAGUUCUCCACCCGAUUCCACUGCUGA